AUGUUCCUGCGCCAAAGAUCCUGUGAUCGCGGCCUGGAAGCGGAUGCCUGGACUCUGAUCUCGCGAGCAUCUACGCCAGACAUACCCGGCGAAGACGCGCCUUUGCUGAUGCACGCCGAGCACGACCACCCCGAUGACCCUCCGCAGCAAGGCGUCAGGGACAUUGAAGCUGUCCGCUCCAUCUGGACUCCGCGUCUGCUGAAGACUGCCUACCUGUUUGUCUUUCUCGUCGUUCUCGGCUGCUCGCUGGAGACGCAAGCCAGCGCCAACCUGGUCACCUAUGUCACCAGUGACUUUUCCCAGCAUGCCCUCGUCUCCACCAUCUCCGUCAGCACAGGCUUGGUUGCUGGUGUAGCGCGUGUCCCAAUUGCUAAGCUGAUCGAUAUCUGGGGCCGCGGGGAAGGCUAUGCCGCCAUGGUAGCGUGUACAACUCUUGGCUUGGUCUUGAUGGCAGCUUGUAGGGAUGUAGCUACAUAUGCAAUUGCUCAGGUCUUUUACUGGGUCGGGUUCGAUGGCAUCGGCUAUGUGCUCCAGGUCUUCCUGGCAGAUACCUCCAGCCUCAGAAACCGGGCUCUUGCCUUUUCCCUCUCGAGUACCCCGUAUAUCUUGACUACUUUCGCCGGCCCGGCUGUGGCACAGUAUUUCCAGGACACCUGGAACUGGAGAUGGGCCUACAUUACUUUUGCCAUCACCACGCCUCUCGUCUCGCUCCCCAUCAUCUAUCUUCUGUUCCACACAAAAUAUGUGGCCAUCAGGAAAGGGAUCCUGAAGCCCAACGAUCUGAAGCGGAGGGAGCCGUGGCUGCAGCAAGCGAAGAGAUUCGCAAUCCAGUUCGACGCUGUCGGUUCAAUCUUCUUCACCAUUGGUCUCGCCCUGAUCCUUCUCCCGCUUAGCCAGCGGGCACUACCGUCCACCUCAGACGGCAGCACGAACUGGCUCUCCGCAUCUUCUCUAAGCAAGUUCCUCGCGGGCUACGCCAGCCUCUGCCUCUUCGGCGUCUGGGAGUGGAAGUACGCACCGGUUCGACUGAUUCCAUACCGAGUCGUUUUCCGGGACCGGACGGUGCUAGGCUCAUGCCUGCUCUGCUUCGGCUCCUUUGCCACCUUCAACGCCUACCACGCCUACUUCCCGUCCUACCUGCAAGUUGCGCGCUACCUCUCCAUCCGCGAAGCAGGCUACGUCGCCAACAUCUUCUCGUUGACGUCCUGCCUGCUCGGCAUCGCCUUCGCCUACAUCAUCCGGCAGACGGGCCAGUACAAGCGGCUGGCACUCUGGGCUCUACCGCUGCGGGGUCUCGCCGCCGUCGCGCUGGUCCCCUCGGUGCGCGACCCGCACGCGACGUCGGCAACGGACGUGAUCGCGUGCCAGCUCGCCAACGCCGUCGCCGGCGCCGUCCUCGUCGUCGCCAACCAGACGGCCGUCAACGCCGCCGUCGCGCAUUCCGACAUCGCCAUGGUGCUCGCCGUGCUGCUGCUCUUCUCUUCCGUCGGCGGCUCCGUCGGCACCGCCGUCGCCGGCGCCGUCUGGACCGCCUCCAUGCCGGGCCUCUUGCGGGAUUUUCUGCCCCCCGGCAAGAAGCAUCUCGCCGAAGAGCUUUACGGUAGCCUGAAGAAGCAGCUCGAGUGGGAACCUGGCACCGACGUCCGCGAUGCUGUGGUCAGGGCGUAUUGCGUCACGCAGGCUCGCUUGUGCGUCGUCGCGGCUGCAAGCUUGCCGUUUGUCGUGGUGUUUGUUAUGAUGUGGCGGGAAUUGCCGGUCAAAGACGAAGAGGAGGAUGGGAAGGAUAAGCGGAAGGGAGAGGGUCCGGUGGAACACGGGGAUUGA